CCCUCCUCCCCUCCAGUCAACCCGGCCAACUCGCUCACUUGACGCCAUUAACAGGGUAAAUCCCGACCUCCACUACGGGAAGAGGAGACAACAACAGGAAUAAAGAUAGUUAGGAAGUUAGGAGGACGCACGGUAGAGACCUUGACGCACGACCCCACGUUAAGGACGCGAGUGGGUUUCUUAAAGCACCGUUUGGUGCAUACAUUGAUCGCUUUUUGUGGACUUUUUUGUUGUGUUGCUCUAUUUCUUCUAACCAGAAAGCCGGAGCCCAUCUAAUAACCAGGGCGGUCAUUGAUUUGCGAGGUCCUUUUUAUCUUUGACGCAUCGGUUCUUUCGCCAAAACAUGGGAUCUAUUUCUCGUCGGUCUGCUUCGGGGUGAACCUCUGCAGCGUCGAUGUGAUUCCCCGGCUGCUUUGAGUAGUUGUGGGAAGUUCUCCCCCCCCCCUCCCACCAGUGGGAUGUGAUUUACCCUGAAGGGGGUCCGACAGUGCUUGGAGGGGACCACGAUCUCCAGAUGUGUCCCAGGCCAGCCGGGGCGGGCCUGCAGUCCUACGAUGGAGUCCAGGAGUCCCGGCGGCGUCGAGGGCGGAGGAGGAGGAAGAGACGCUGAUCACCGUGCCGACGACGACGCCGACGCCGACGACGCCCAGCCCGGCGCGCCCACGCUGUCCAUGGAUCAGAUCCGAGUGGCGGCGAGGAGCAGCAACGAGUACACCGACGGCCCCACGCUGGGGGCCCACAGAGCCGGCACCCCCCCGGCCCCCGGCGCCCUGCCCGAGGGCCCCGUCGGGGCCUCACCGCCCGCGUCGGGGCCCGGGACCCCCGCUGAACCGGGCCCCCCCGGCCUCCCUCCCCCGGCGCGCCACUUCUCGUUGACCCCCUUCUCCUCCCCCACCACCACGGCCCCGGCCCCGGGCGGGAGACGGUGCUCCUCCCCCCCCUGCGGGGGGAGCCUCCCGCCGCUGCAAAGGCUCAUGGGUAACGACGGGACCAUCAGGACUCAGCCGAAGCGCGCCGCGCCCGUCGGCGGCGAGGAGCGGAAGCCCCUGACGGCCGCCGUCGCCGCCGGGGGGCCGGCGCACUCGCAGCGCUGCGCCGCGUGCGGCCGCUGCGCGUGCGGCGAGUGCACGCGGCCGCGGGCGCUGCCCACCUGCUGGGUGUGCGGCCGGCGCUGCGUGUGUUCGGCACGGGGCGCGGCCGAGGUGGCCACGUGCGUGUGCCUCGUGCGCGGCCUCUUCUACCACUGCUCCAGCGACGACGAGGACACGUGCUCGGAGAAGCCCUUCUCGUGCACGCAGGCGCACUGCGCCGCCCGCUGGGCCGCCGUCGCCCUGCUGACGCUGCCGCUGCCCUGCAUCGCCUGCUACCCGCUGGCCCGGGGCUGCGCCGCCGGGGGCCAGCGCUGCUACGACGCCGCCGCCCGGCCCGGGUGCCGCUGCGAGGGCGGGGCGCGGCGGCGCAAGGGGGGCGGCGGCGGGAAGACGACGUAGACGGGGUUUGGUGGACGUUUGAGUCGGGGCGGAUGUUUUUUGGCGGGAUGGGUGUUCUUUCUGGAUGGACGUUUGGACGGGAUUAAGGUUCUUUUUGGGGGUAGACGUUUUUUUCCGGGUGGGACGUUUUUUCGUGACGGGCGGACGGACGGACGGACGGACGGUUUGCCGGGGUUCGAGUUAAAAGUCGACUGAAAUGUCGCAGAGUUACGGUUGCAGACGGAAAGGUGGACGCAUGGGUUUUUAGGGUGUUUUUCUGUUUGUGAACCCCCCCCCCCCCCUGCCGUGUCCUCCAGUUCGGUGUGUUGUUGGAUACCUCACGUCUACCACGUCAAGGUGGGUUUACUUUGUCUCCGGUCGCUGAGUGCCCGGAGCGGAUACACCUUUGUUCUGGGCGUGUGAAUGGCGGACUACUGUUAGGGUUUUGUGUUCCGUUAAACAUCCCCAAUGACCUGUUUACCCCCCCCCCCCCCCCUUCCCCCCAGAUAUUGUAUCACCUGAGAGCCAAAAUGUACUUAAUAUGAAUUUAAUACGAUUUAUUAAUAUGCAGAGAAAACUCCAGACAUUCAUGUUAACCAGCUUAAAAAGAAUAAGUGUAUAUUUUGUAAUCGAAAAGUAACUUCCGACAGAUCUUUUUAUAUAAAUCAGAAAAUGUCAACUGUGAAAAGUUUUCCUGCUGUAAUAGUCACGAUGAGUCCACAGUUUUAAGAAUCAUUUUUCAUUCCUUUAAUGUGUGUUGACGGCACUGUGUGUUAAAUCACUUAAUGUUAAUUUAGCAAAAACUAGAAUUUCACACUCCUUCUCAUUGCAAAUUGUACAGAUACGUUUUUUACGAGAAACUGUUUUAUUUUCUAUUUUUUUUUCUGCUGUUUAGUGUGAAGUUUAAGAAAACAAAUCCUAUAUAUUUAUUUUGGAGGUUUAUUAUUUUAUAAUGAAAUAUUUAUUUCAAAAGGCAUCGACAGUCGUUUUGUCGCACAACCCAUGGUUCGCAUUGUGACGAUUGGUAGAAUUAGAGGAACAGAUGGGCUUAAUAUUUUGUCAUUAAAAAAAACAUCCAGGAAGUCUCGAACCGUUGUAUUCCAUUUGGCUGUAUUUUGGGUUGAAAGACACACACACAUUCUGGAAACGCGCAUCAACUUGCAAUCAAUCAACUAAUUUUACUGACUCAAUUAUGUCUUAAAACCAGCAAGAUCCUAAUAAAGCAAACUUAAAAAAUGUAAGUA